AUGGAAUCUAGCAUUGAAUGCAUAUCAUCAUCUGAUGGGAUGAAUGAAGAAGAGAUCACCCACCCCCAUCCUUAUUCUAGGUUUUCUUCGUCCAAGCAAUCUAAUAAUCGUAAUGGUAUGGUGAUUAAUCCUGCCACCAGUGUCCAUGAACUUCUUGAAUGCCCAAUAGUGAUCUUUUUGAAAUUUGGCCUGAGAUACUUUAUUGAACCCGAACUUGCCCCAGGGAACACCGUGCACGUGAGUUUAGCUCAAACACACCGUAAGUGCCACAAUGGGCAUACACUCUGUUCCACCUGUAAAGCAAGGGUUCACAACCGAUGUCCUACCUGUAGACAAGAACUGGGUGAUAUAAGAUGUUUAGUGCUAGAAAAGGUGGCUGAAUCACUUGAAAUUCCUUGCAAGUUUCGUUCCUUAGGAUGCCCUGGGAUCUUCCCCUAUUACAGUAAGUUGAAACACGAGUCGGUUUGUAAUUUUAGGCCUUACAACUGCCCGUAUGCUGGAUCGGAGUGCUCUGUUGCCGGGGAUAUUCAAUACCUGGUUGCUCACUUGAAAGAUGAUCACAAGGUGGACAUGCAUACUGGGAGCACGUUUAAUCACCGGUAUGUUAAAUCAAAUCCUCGAGACGUAGAGAAUGCCACUUGGAUGCUGACUGUUUUCAAUUGUUUUGGUCAGUAUUUUUGUCUUCAUUUCGAAGCUUUUCAACUGGGCACAGCUCCUGUUUACAUGGCUUUCCUCCGAUUCAUGGGAGAUGAGAUAGAGGCUCGAAACUAUAGUUACAGCUUGGAGGUUGGUGGAAAUGGUCGGAAACUUAUAUGGGAGGGCACCCCCCGGAGCAUCAGGGAUAGUCACACUGAAGUUCGAGACAGCCAUGAUGGCCUGAUUAUACAGAGUAACAUGGCACUGUUUUUCUCGGGAGGAGACAAGAAAGAGCUGAAGCUUCGUGUAACUGGACGAAUAUGGAAGGAACAGACAAACCCAGAUGGUGGAGUGUGCAUACCCAAUCUCCGCAGUUAA